AUGCGAAAUGGCGUGUUGUCAGACAUCAACGAGUGCGAGGAGGACGACGGAGGUAGCCACGGGUGCGACCACACCUGCCGGAACCUGGUCGGCACCUACUUCUGCGACUGCAGGCCCGGCUACGAGCUGAACAAGGACGACUCCACCACGUGCACGGACGUGGACGAGUGCGCCCGGGUCCCGAAGCCGUGCUCGCACACCUGCACCAACACCGACGGCUCCUUCGCGUGCUCGUGCCCACCGGGCCGCGCCCUCGACGAGGACGGGGUCACGUGCAAGGAGCCAAACGAGACGUGCGCCACCACGAGGAGCCACCCCUGUUCCCACGAGUGCCGGGACACGCCGGCCGGUCCCACGUGCGUUUGUCCGGCCGGCCACGAGCUCGCCGCCACCGACAACGCCACCUGCGUCGACGUGAACGAGUGCCUCGGGCCCGAGCAUGGCUGCACCGAGGAGUGCGCCAACGAGGUCGGCAGCUACAGGUGCAUAUGUCCGAUGGGCUGGUACCUACGGGAGGACGGCCGCACGUGCGAGGACGUCGACGAGUGCGCCGAGCACCACUACUGCGCCCACAAGUGCACCAAUACCCGGGGCUCGUACCGGUGCGACUGUCCGGCUGGGUAUCUACUGGGGGACGACAGGCGCAGCUGCGAGGACAUUGACGAGUGCUCGCGGGGCAUACACGAGUGCUCCCACACCUGCCACAACGAGAACGGCACGUACAGUUGCUCAUGCCCCGGCGGCACGACCCUCGCCGUGGACAGGAAGACGUGCGAGCCGGCCACCUCCUGCGAGACGCUCAACUGCUCUCAGCGCUGCGUCGAGUUUACCCACCGGUGCGAGUGCUCAUUGGGUUACACCCUGCUGAUGGAUGGCAGAAGUUGCGAGGACGUGGACGAGUGCGGGCUUGUAGGGCAUGGCUGUUCGCACGGUUGCAUCAACGUCCCGGGGUCGUACAGGUGCGCGUGCCCGGAGGGCCUGAUGCUCGACACCGACGGCCGCUCCUGCAGGACCUACGAGCCUUGCGCCAACUCGUCGUGCGCCCACAACUGCGUCAACACGCACGGGUCGUACGUGUGCACCUGCAGGCCCGGCUACGAGCUGGAGAUGGACGGUAACGGCUGCAAGGACAUCGACGAGUGCAUCGGCACCAACCACGGCUGUAGUCACGAGUGCGUUAACCGAGAGGGUGGCUACGAGUGCGCUUGUCCGCGGCGAUGGUUCCUGGGACCGGACUCGCGGACCUGCCUCCUCGACGAGGACUUUUGCUCGAGGCGGCACGGCUGCUCCCACACCUGUGAGGAGGACAAAGACAACCAAAACAGCGUGAGAUGCGGCUGCCCGGAGGGCUACGAGCUCUCCGAGGACGUGAAGACCUGUCGGGACGUGGACGAGUGCGCCGAAGGCUCGCACGCGUGCUCGCACAACUGCACCAACAGCCCGGGCGCGUACGAGUGCCGGUGCAACGCGGGCUACGAGCUCCUCGACGACCGAUACACCUGCAAGGACGUCGACGAGUGCCUGCUCGGGCUGAACGACUGCUCGGACCUGUGCGCCAACACCGAGGGUGGCUACGAGUGCGCCUGUCCCGGUGGCUACCGGCUCAACGACGACCGGACCACUUGUGCCGACAUCGACGAGUGUCUCUUGGGUGGUCACGGGUGCUCCCACAACUGUCGGAACACCGCGGGUGGCCACGCGUGCCACUGCCCCGAGGGUUUCGCCCUGAACCCGGACAACAGGACCUGCGCGGAAAUAACCAAGGCCUGCAGCCCAGGACACGGCUGCUCGCACGGGUGCCACGUGGUGGACGGCAAGGAUACGUGCGGCUGUCCAUUGGGUAUGGAGUUGCUCGGUGACGGCCGCACGUGUAUGUUGUUGGACAAGUGCUCGAGCGACAAUGGAGGCUGCUCCCACGAGUGCGAAGACGUGCCGGGUGGUGUUGCUGGGGUACGGUGCAAGUGCCCGGGUAAUUUGCACCUCCUCGACGACGGCAAGUCCUGCGUCGAGGUGAACGAGUGCCUGAUCGACAACGGGGGCUGCUCGCACUCCUGCCACCACCACCGGGAGAACGGUAGCGUGUCCUGCGGCUGCCCCGACAACAUGGUCCUGGAUGGGGACGAGCGCGGGUGCGUCUACGUGGGCCAGUGCUCGAGGAACAACGGCGGCUGCAGCCACGCCUGCGAGAUAAACGACAAUGGCGCGGUCGCGUGCAAGUGCCCGGCUGGCUUGAGACUCGGCCGGGACAACGCGACAUGCGUCGACGUGGACGAGUGCCUCGAGGGCAGGGCCAACUGUAGCCACGGCUGCGCCAACACGUACGCCGGCUACGAGUGCACGUGCGACCCCGGCUACGCGGCCAACCCCACGGACAACGCCCUCUGCGAAGACGUGAACGAGUGCUUCGCCAACAACGGCAACUGCUCGCACGUGUGCGCCAACACCGCCGGUGGCUUUACCUGCGGCUGCUUCCCCGGCUACGUCCUGGCCGAGGACGGGUUCGCGUGCGUCGAGUCCAAGGCCUGCGCCCGCAACAACGGGGAUUGCUCGCACUUUUGCCACGUCGACGGUAGCACCGGUGCCGCGUCGUGCUCGUGCCGGCCGGGUUUCACUCUCCGCUCGGACGGCAAGAGCUGCGAGGACGUCGACGAGUGCGAGGAGUUCGAGAACGACGUGCACGCGGGCUGCUCCCACAGGUGCGUCAACCUCGAGGGUGGCUACCACUGCGAGUGCCCGGACGGCCAGGUCCUUCUACCCGAGGACAACCGGACCUGCGUCGACGUGGACGAGUGCCACCUCCGCCUGCACAACUGCACCCACGGCUGCGCCAAUCUCCCCGGGGGCUACGCGUGCACCUGUGACCUGGGCCAUUACCUCGAUCCCGUGGACAACCGAACGUGCCUCGACGUGGACGAGUGCGCCCGCGACAAUGGCAACUGCACCGACGCGUGCGAGAACACCGUGGGGGGUUACCGGUGCCACUGUCCCGUGGGUUACCAGCUCGACGACGCCGACGGCAGAGGCUGCGUCGACGUGAACGAGUGCGAACUGGGUACCGGGUGCUCCUUCGAGUGCCUCAACACCCCGGGCUCGUACCGGUGCCUCUGCCCGGAUGGCAAGGUCCUGGCCAACGACUCGCGAGCUUGCCUGCCCGCGUCCAACGACGUUGAGGGCUGUGGCCGGGACAACGGGGGCUGUUCCCACGGGUGCCGCGCCGACGAUGAAAAAGGGGGCUUUGGUUGCGCGUGUCCGUUGGGCAUGUACCUGGACCCGGGGGACAACCGGACGUGCCUCGACGUGGACGAGUGCGCCCACGGCAAUGGCAACUGCACCGGCGUCUGCGAGAAUACCGUGGGGGGCUUCGUGUGCCGGUGCACGGGGGGCUACGAGCUCGAUCUGGAGGGCGAUGGUUGCGCGGACGUGGACGAGUGCGCCGUGGACAGAGGGGGCUGCUCCCACGAGUGCGUCAACACCGAGGGGGCUUAUCGCUGCGGGUGCCCGUCCGGGUACAAGUUGGGGGUGGACAACAGGACUUGCGAGGACGUGGACGAGUGCCUCGAGGGUAGGGCCAACUGCAGCCACGGCUGUAGAAACGCGGAGGGUUCCUUUAGCUGCGAGUGUCCAGUAGGGGAGCGGCUGGGGGCGGACGGUAGGGUGUGCCGGGCGGAGGACCCGUGCUCGUUGGGUAACGGUGGGUGCGAGCAGGUUUGUCGGAUCGACGGUGGCCGGGCAGUUUGCGAGUGUAGGGCUGGUUUUUACGCGCUCGAGGGGUCGAACGGGUCAAGGUGCGUCGACGUCGACGAGUGCUCGGGGAGCCACGGGUGCGAUCACAACUGCGUCAACACGCACGGGUCGUACGAGUGCAGGUGCAGGACCGGCUUCGAGCUGAGGGACGGCGCUUGUGUCGAUAUCGACGAGUGCGUCCAAAACGUUCACUGCGAGGGCGGCUGUGUCAAUACCCCCGGUUCCUAUAGGUGCGGGUGCAACGCUGGUUUCAGGAAGGAAGCGCACGGCUGCGUCGACAUCGACGAGUGCCAACGCGACAACGGCAAUUGCGAGCAGAUCUGCAUAAACGGCCUCGGUUCGCACGGGUGCUCUUGCUAUCCGGGUUUCUACGUGGAUCGAAGAAAUUCGAGCCAGUGCGUCGACGUAAACGAGUGCCUGUACCGUAACGGUGGCUGCAACGGUGACUGCAUCAACACACCCGGGAGUUACUACUGUGUCUGCGCGGACGAUUUAGUGCUCGCCGUCGACGAGAGGACUUGCGUAUCAAAGUCGAGUACCCAGAGGUGCCCGGCGUUACUGCAACCAACGUACGGCGAAAUAAGGUGUCCGGGUCACCCGUCCGAGUCCCCGGAUUAUCCGGUCGGAGCCGAGUGCCACAUAAGGUGCAGAAGAACAUUUAGACUGGAGGGCUCUUAUCUGCGGACGUGUGUGGCCGGAGGCCACUGGGACGGCCAACAGACCAUCUGCGUUCGGGACUACGCGUCCGAGGCACGUCCCUACUACACCGCCGCUACGACUACCCCGGCACCGAGGCCCUACAUAAGGUGUCCCGGUGACGUGGACGUGGAGCUGCCUGCGAGGCGCAGCACUGCCAGGGUGUCCUUCGCACAGCCAAAGACCAACGUCGAUUGGUACAGGUAUGUGGACGCCUCACCGCUGUGGGGCAAACAACUGCAGGCAGACUUGUCGCCCAGCACGACUUUCCUCACUUUCACCGCGUGGUCUCCCGCUUCUAAUUACACCAGCGUCUGUCGCAUGAUGAUACGAGUUCGCGACACGGAGAAGCCAAAGAUCCUCAGCUGUCCCGCGUCGUUCGACGUCAGACUCAACCCCGGCGAGCGCGAGCGCAUGAUAUUCUGGCCCGAGCCGGUCUUCACCGACAACGUGCGCGUCGAGCGUACCUACAAGUCGAGGGAGCCUGGCCAGUCGCUACAUCCGGGUAUGCACAACGUCCGCUACAUUGCCUCGGAUCCCUCCGGGAAUCGAGCCGAGUGCCACUUCACCAUACACGUAAGAGAGCCCGAGCGACGAAUACCAUCAGCCGUGGGAGCGUUAGCUUCGGAACAGCAGCAGCAGCAGUCACCCCCGCCGUCCGAGUCCCAAGCUCCGACCUACCAGAGAAUGCUGAUCUGUCCAAAUCGACCGGCUCAGGAGGUUCCGCCGACGCACAGGUGGCAGAUUCCGAGUGGCUGCUACAUGAGGUACAGGCGUCUGUUUGGGGGCUCGUACACGCUGCGCCAGAGUUACAGCGUGCAGGCCUCGACGAUGGGUCCGGUGGCCAGCCACUACCAGCGCAGGAGCGAGUACCACCGGCGUGGGCAGCACUACCGGCACUUCUCGGGUGCCUAUCGCGACGAGGCUCGGAGGAUAGCGGGCGCCCCGUCCCUCGAUUCCGUGCAACACCAGCCGCACACGAGGGCCCAUCCGCUCGUCAACUGUUUCGUGGGAAAAUGGACAAAUGGUUUCAAGGUAGGUGUUUAA